AUGGCGGACAAGUCUGUGAUAGCGCUUGUCCUGUCCAUGAUAGCAGUAGCUUUCCUAGUCGGAGCUUUCGCGAGUCCUUACUGGGUAGAAUCUUUCGGCAUUUCGGACAGUCGGUUUAUUAAGGCGGGACUAUGGGAAUUCUGUUUCAAUGAUUACACGUUUUGGAAGGACUACAAUGGAAACAGAUACAAGGGCUGCUGGUAUAUCUUUUCGGACCAAUACAGACCUAUCUGGGAAUGGCUUUCCCCUCAUUGGUUCAUCGCGGUGCAAGUGAUGGUGAGCGUGUCACUGCUCUUCCUGGUUAUUACAACGUUUACAGGCAUCCUGGCAGUAUGUCAUGUUUUCCCAGAAUAUCUUGAGGAGAUCAUCUUAUUGGGUUGUAGUCUUACCAAGUUUGUCAUAGCAAUAAUACAGUUCAUUGUUCUGGUGCUAUUUGGAGUUCAGAAGGAAGACCGUCAAUGGAUGCCUCGGCCGGAUCAAAACUUCUUGUCAUGGUCGUAUGGACUCUAUGUAGUGGCCACAAUGUUCACACUUGCUGCAGCGGUCACACUCCUCAAAGCUGGUCUUGACCUCCGGAAGAAGCUUAAGGAAGAUUUCCCCAGGAGGCGCUAUUAGUCUUUAUAUCCAUCUUUUAAAGAUCUUUUGUUAAAAACAUCAGUGAAGAAUUCCUAGAUCACACAAAAACAUAAAUUGUCAGAUCUCUGUUGCUAUUCCAUCUUUCGGGGAUAAAUAUUGAAUGUUGAAAGGAAAACCAAAUUUGUCCAAAAAUUUCUUCGGUGUGAUAUAUCAAAUUUCAAGAGACUAAGUGAAAUAAUUAUUGGAACAUCAAACUUUCUUGAAGAAUAAUAACAGGAUAUGUACGCAUCGAACUUUUCUUGUAUUUAACUAUGAAACUUCAUUUUUAAGCAAUGAAAUAAUUUGUAUAUACCGGAUACUAGAAAGUGGCCAAGACCACAAUUUACAUUCCAAAAUAUAUUUCUCAGAAAGAGCUCUGGAAAAGAACAUAUAAAUUCUCACAAUAUAACUUACAAGUGCUAGAUGGAAACAUAAAAUAAAGAAUAAUAUUGAGAAUAUCAUGUCAGCUUGAGUCCAGUUAUUUGGAGUUGCUGUUAUCACAUAUUGAUAAUGAUAUUGUUUGGCUAUUGUUUUUGAAAGUUGAAAUUUUAUUAAAAACAUGGUUGGCAUUUUUCAAUUCUUUUUUUUUUAAAGGCUGAUAAUUUUUUCUACAAAAAUAACAUGAUUCAAUGCUAAGAAGAGAAAUUAACAAACUGCUUGUAACCAUUUAUUAUUUGAAAGAGAAGACGAAGACUAGCUAACAAAGAGAUGCAAAUAUUCAAUGUGUACUUGUAGUAAUCAUGGAUUUGAGUUUUAAAUGAUUGUAUCAUUACGCAGCUUAAAUGUUUUGUUACAUAUAUAACAUAACAAACUGUUUUUAAAUGGAACACUUAUUUU